CGGCCGAGUUGACCUGCCAUGGCUUUGAAGUCAUUCAUCCGUUCAAAAUGAAUCAAGCGAUAAGAGCAAGAAUUCCCAUCCGUAUCAAGAAUAUACAAAACCCGGAUGGUGACGGGACUGCUAUAUUUCCAGAUGUAAUGAGUAGGAACGAGUUCCUCCAUGGAGCAAGUAUGACCAAACUUUUCACUGAGAAUGGUUAUUAUUCGGACAUGAUGAGACGCCAUCCAAUUGCGGUCACCAUAAAGAAUAACAUUAUUGUACAGAACAUUCACUCUCAUCGAAAGAUUAUGAGUCAUGGUUUCUUUGCAAGCAUCUUUGCUGUCUUGGACAAGUAUGAAUUGUCGUGGAUUUGA